ACACAAAGCUUUAAGCUCUUGUGUUGUUCGGUCACAAUUUUUGGUUGUUCAAAGUGCACGCCAUGCAUGCCUACGACAAAUGCUGUUUGUUUUUAUUGUAAAAAUUAUUAUUUACGUUGCCGUAAAUCUGUGAUAUUUAUUUUUCUGAGCCAAGUAUGAAUUGUGCUUAUUUUUUGCGUUAAAACUAAUUGCAAGUCGAUGAAAUGCACGGAAGUGAAUUCACUGAUUCAAUUGUGCAUCCAUGUUCUUGUAUAGCAUUUAAAUGACAUUUCUGUCAGUGAAUAAACCAAUUAACCCUAAUUUUCUAUUGAUUACUUCGUGGACCUCUAAUCUAAACAAAACGCCCCAGAACAAUUAUAAUAUUUACAAUAAUGAGUGUUCUAUCAAAAUAUGUUGACCGUAUUGCAGAAAAAUUUGAACAUAAUGGAAUCACGAAACACGCUUUUAGCUAUGCCCUCGUGACUAGUGCAAUACUAGCACUAACCAUUAAGGUGACUAUCCCUUACGUAAAAAACGCCCACACUACAUCGAUCGAAAAGACUCCAAAAGGAAAAACCAAAGUCUAUAAUGGGGUGCUUACUCCAUUAAAAACAGAUAGCACCGAAGAGGAUUUAAAGCUGGCAGAGGCGGAAAAGUUAUUGGUUGCUCAGCAGCUAAAAAAAAACAACAAAAAUUUUGUUGAGCCUGGACUAAACCAUGAGUUUUUAAAACAACUGAAAAUGCUGGCUAAAAUAAUGAUUCCACAUACCUUGUGUUAUGAAACGGGAUUGCUUAGCAUACACACGUUUUGCCUAAUUUCUCGCACAUUUCUAAGUAUUUAUGUCGCUGCGUUGGAGGGGGCCCUUGUUAAAUUUAUAGUACGAAAGGAUAUUAAACAAUUUGGUCUUGUGUUGCUCAAAUGGUUCGGAAUCGCUAUCCCUGCUACAUUUGUUAAUUCAAUGAUACGAUUUCUUGAAAGUAAACUUGCUCUGGCUUUCCGAACACGACUGGUGCGCCACUCAUAUCGUCUUUACUUUAAGAAUCAAAAUUACUAUAGAGUAUCAAAUUUGGACGGACGUAUUGAGAAUGCGGAUCAUAGACUUACCGAAGAUAUUUCCGUGUUCGCUAGUUCUGUAGCUCAUUUGUAUAGUAGCCUGACUAAACCAUGCUUUGAUUUGAUGUUAAUUGGAUUGGCACUGAUGAGAUCCUCUAGAAAAAUGAAAGCUAACAUUUUAACGGGACCAGCUUUGUCAGUCGGUGUUAUUGCCCUAACAGCCCACAUUUUACGAAUUGUAUCCCCGAAGUUUGGACAGUUGGUAUCGGAAGAGGCCAACAGAUAUGGGUACCUAAGACACAUUCACUCCCGUAUAAUAACAAAUGCCGAAGAAAUCGCUUUUUACGGAGGCCAUAAGGUGGAGAUGCAGCAGCUACGGCAAGCAUACAAUCGCUUAGUAAAUCAAAUGACUGCCAUUUUCAACCAAAAACUUUGGUUUAUAAUGCUAGAACAAUUUUUUAUGAAAUAUGUUUGGUCCGGGACUGGAAUGAUCAUGGUAUCCCUACCGAUUUUGACAGGCAAAGACGUAAGCUCUGAAACAAUUUCUGGCACAGCCAUAACAGAGUCUAGAGUUAGCGAACGAACGCAAUAUUUAACUACAGCUAGAAAUUUGCUAAUUUCUGCAGCAGACGCGAUUGAGCGGUUAAUGUCUUCUUACAAGGAAAUUGUGUCGCUCGCUGGUUAUACUUAUCGUGUGGCUGGCAUGAUGGAUGUGUUUGAGGAAACCGCUCAGGGAGUAUAUUGCAAGACCAGUGUGAUGGAAACCGAUCAGUCAAAUGGUAUCAUUGAGUUUCGUAAUGGCAAACCAAUAGCAAAAGGCCGCAUAAUUUAUUCAGAUGAUCCGGAAAAUAUGUCAAUAAACCUACGUGCAGUUCCAGUAGUGACACCCAACUGUGAUAUAGUUGUACCGAAGCUUACGUUAUGUAUCGAACCAGGUGUGCAUUUGUUAAUAACUGGUCCGAAUGGAUGCGGGAAAUCUAGCUUGUUUAGAAUACUAAGUGGACUUUGGCCCAUAUACGCUGGAGAAUUGCAAAUUCCACGGCCUGUAAAAGAUGUUCCAUGUAUGUUUUACAUUCCACAACGUCCAUAUAUGUCAAUCGGAAGCCUAUGCGACCAAAUAAUAUACCCCGAUACACGUGAUGAUAUGAAACGCAAACAAAUAACUGAAAACGAGCUAAGAAGCAUUUUAAAACUGGUCAGUCUCGAACACAUCGCCCAACGUGAUAGUUUUGACGUUGUUCGCGAUUGGAAGGAUAUAUUAUCUGGAGGUGAAAAGCAACGUAUGGCGAUAGCUCGAUUGUUUUACCAUAAGCCACGAUAUGCCCUUCUAGAUGAAUGUACCAGUGCAGUUUCUAUUGAUGUUGAAAGCUCGAUUUAUGAAAUUGCUAAGGGUAUGGGAAUUACCCUUCUGACGAUAACACACAGGCCUACGCUUUGGAAAUAUCACACACAUAUUUUGGAGUUCGACGGUCUUGGAAGCUGGCAGUUUAGAAAAAUGAAUGCAGAUGAACAACAAAAAGAACAAUUUUUAUCUUAGUUUUUGUCAUAUAUGUAGAUUUUUUUAAUAAAUUGCGUAUGUUAUACAUUUGGAAAGACAUUAUAGUAGAUUUCGCAAACCAAAGUUUAUA